ACUGGCACAGCCUGCGCGUGGCAGGGCUGGUGGGGGCCGGCGUCCUCUGCGUCAUCGGCGUCAUCGUCCUCAUCA